CUAACAAAAACGACAAAAAACAGAGAAAGGUAGAAAGGAAUGAUUCCACUACAUACUCUACUUUUUCUCACUUUUUGUCGCGCCCUUUUUUCUCUUCUCUUUCACUAAUCUUCCCGAUCUCUAAAAGUUUAAUCUCUAGGGUUAGGGUUACUAAAUCAAUUUCAAUCAAUAGUCUAUAGAAAUUCUACUUUUAUAACAAUGAGACCAAAUUGUUGCCACAAUUUCUUGGCAUUUAAUCUCAAGUUUCUUAAUUUUUUGCAAUUUUUUCUCGGAAUUUCAACUAUAAUAUACUCCGCUUUCCUGCUAAAUCAGUGGCAAAAUCAAUCCCCAGUUGCUCCUUCACCUCCACCUUCAGCUCCUUCUCCAAAUUAUCUUCCGUCUCUUUACUCUGUUGGAGAAUCGCUUGAAUUUGAUGAUGCUAUUGAGUCGCUUGAUGUACCUGUAAAAUUGGUUUCGGGCUCCGAAAUUGAUUCCUUCUCUCAUUUGCAUUACAUUCAUCUGCCUAAUCCGUGGUUCAUAUACUCGUUAAUGGUUGUUGGUGUUUUGCUCUGUUGUAUGUCUUGCAUUGGUCACAUUGCAGCUGAGGCAUUAAAUGGUUGCUGUCUCUGCUUUUACAUUCUCCUUUCAAUUGUGCUCAUGUUACUCGAAGUCGCUUCAGUGGGAUUUAUAGAAAUCGAUCAACAUUGGGACAAGGAUCUUCCUUAUGAUCCUACUGGGGAGCUUGAGAAGUUGAAAUUGUUUGUUGAAGAGAAUGCUGAUAUAUGCAUGUGGCUAGGCAUUGCUUUACUUACAGUCCAGGCAUUGUUGCUCAUGCUAUCUUUGGUUUUACGAGCUAUGGUUUCCACACAAAGAGAAGACUCUGAUGUUGAGAAUGGUGAUGCUGAUGCCAGAGAUAGAGCAACGGAGCCACUGCUUAACUCUCAAUCAAAUCAAACAUUAAUGACAAUGAAGGGAGAAGGAAGGGGGACUUUCUCGGACAUUCUGACAGCACGGAUAAGACAGAAGUAUGGACUGAACAAUGACUCAUCCAAGAAUAAUUCUAAUACACCAUCAAGUACGAGUACAAGUUCUCAAUAAGGAAAGUAUCGUCCCAAAGAAAACAGAGAAUUUGCAAAUAUCAUUUUUGGAUCGUAUUGAAUUUAUCAAUGUACGUAUUCACCCUAUUCUUCAUUCGUUUUGGUACGUUGAAAUAAUCUUCUGUUUGAUCUGAUCACGUUGUGUUCUACCCUCCAGUUUUUAAGUUAAUCGAUCUAAUCUAUUAGCGAUGUCAUCAUUGUUUAGAUUCUGCAAAAACAUCAAAGCAGAAAAGGAUGAUCAUAAAUCCAUCAAGCUUUUUAUUUUUUGCCUUGUUUAGGCCUUAUGUUUGAGCUUUUAUUAACAUUUUUCUUGCUAUAUGAACUGCAAAGCAUUGUUCUUUAACUACUGUCUAGAAAUGUCAUUGGAUGUACUGCACUGCAUGAUAAGCAGAACUCCUCCUUCACGUGAGUUUGCUACAAUUUAUGAUUUUUCUCAUCUCGGUUAGUUUGCUACAAUUCUUUUUAUAGAAAUUGCCCUGUAACAAUAUAAGAAAUCACAAGGACUUACUUGUGAGAGACAGUUUUUCGGUGAGACGGCCUCAAAACAAGGAAUUCUAUACUAAUAAUUGUAUCAGUUGGGAUAUUUAGCCCAUGUAGUGAGACCGUACAUAAGAAUUUGUGUUACUUAAUAGUAAGAAUUAUGACAUGAGAAAUAAAAAGCAGGUUAUCAUAUAUCUCUUUCAAACACCUGGAUUUAGCUCAUUAUCUGAAAUUUGAACUUCACAAGAAUGUUGCUCCCUGGCCCACAUUAAUUACUCUUUUGUAAUCCUUGGAACUUCAAUUUGUACCUGCAUUUUUUGUCUACUACAUUGGUUAGAAUAGGGAGUUGUAGGUGAACCAUCCCUCUCAUGAAAUUAUGGAACUCAAUCUUUUGAAUUUUAUAUUUCGUUAAAGGUAUGUUCUUUGGAUGUGAGUGGCAAAAAUGAAGAGUGACAAGUGAGAUAACAUGUGAUUGAGGUGUGCCCGUUAGGUUUAAAGUAAGUUUUAUUAUAGUCCUAAAAUCACGCUAAUAUGUGGAUUUGGGCUUUUGGGAAUGAUCAUUGUAAGAAAAUAGAGUUGUUAAAUAUGGAUGCUUAAAUGGAUGAGAGGACAAAUUUUAAAGUAGAAAAUUCAAAACGAAAACAUGGAUUGUACAUGCUCGGGUUUUACUUAAGAUCAAUUGUAGUUCAUUUAAGAGUUUCAAAUGUCAACUCAAACUUAGAUUUUAAGACAAUUCAAUUCGAGGGAACUUCAUAUAUAAUUUUUUUUGUGUUAUUAUAAUUCAAGUCCAUAUCAAUUUUAACUAUCCAAACAUCAAUAAUACUUGGCAUCUAAUAUUUCACCAAUGUGGAUCACAAUUCUAUUUGGUUAAACAUCAUGUUGGUUUCAAAU